CAGUAACGCCUCUCUGUGGAUGUCAUAAAAAAGCCAGCCAGAAAAUAUAUAAAUACAGAGCAAAAGAUGCUUCUGUCCUUUUUGUGAACUGGGGCCCUUUAUGGAUUAUAAUCUGGCCCAGUAACAAACAACUGAGACUCUAAAGGAACCUUAAAUUUUAGUCUAUUAGAAGGAAACAUGGUAGGACUUAAACCCUCAGACGUUCCCCCGCCACUGGGAGUGAAGAUGGCGAGUGCUGGAGCCGCAGCCUGUAUAGCUGACAUUGUCACAUUCCCUCUGGACACAGCCAAAGUCAGACUACAGAUUCAGGGAGAGAAGAAAGCCGUGGAAGGCAUCCGGUACAGGGGAGUGUUCGGUACGAUCAGCACCAUGAUCCGAACGGAGGGGCCCAAGUCUCUGUACAACGGGCUGGUAGCUGGUCUGCAGAGACAGGUGUGCUUCGCCUCCAUCAGAAUCGGCCUCUAUGACAACGUCAAAAACUUCUACACUGGUGGAAAAGACAACCCAAGUGUGCUGGUACGUAUACUGGCUGGCUGCACCACAGGUGCUAUGGCAGUGUCAUUUGCACAACCCACUGAUGUGGUCAAGGUUCGAUUCCAAGCCCAGAUGAACCUGGACGGUGUGGCUCGUCGCUACAGUGGCACCAUGCAGGCCUACAAACACAUCUUCCAGAAUGAGGGCUUACGUGGACUCUGGAAAGGCACACUACCCAACAUCACGAGAAAUGCGCUGGUCAACUGCACAGAGCUGGUUACGUACGACCUGAUCAAAGAGACCAUCCUUAACCAUAACCUCAUGUCAGACAACCUGCCGUGCCACUUUGUGUCUGCGUUUGGCGCCGGCUUUGUUACCACAGUGAUUGCUUCCCCGGUGGAUGUGGUGAAGACCAGGUACAUGAACUCACCACCAGGCCAGUACAAGAGUGCUAUCAACUGCGCCUGGACCAUGUUGACUAAAGAGGGGCCAACAGCUUUCUACAAAGGAUUCGUACCCUCAUUUCUGAGAUUGGGAUCAUGGAAUAUUGUGAUGUUUGUCUCAUUCGAGCAAAUCAAGAGGGCCAUGAUGGUCACCAAGAAGAGGAUCGAGGCCCCGAACUGAGAUUAGUGUUUCAAAGUUUGACUGUAAAACCUGAACCACCACUGGAUGAAGGAACCUAAUGAAUAUCAGUUCUUGUUUUAGCUUUAUUCAACAUUAUUCUCAUCCUGUGGUGACAAAGGAGACAAUCCUUCACUGAAAAAAAAGUACUGAACAAUCUACCUUCCAUUUGACUAUAUGUUGAACGCGUGUGUAAGAAAACAUAUAGUGUUCCUUUUUAUAUUUAUAAUUUGUCAUGAUGAGCCCAGUCCAAAUAUUGUGGGAGUGAAGAUAUGAACACAAGCUUGUAAUAACCUCCUGUGGGAAGUUGUGUUUGCACUUUAAGAUCUGUAAAUCUAAAUCUGCCAGGUACACAUUUCAGGCAGCUUAAACCAGUGCACCUUUGUAUUAAAAAUAACACUGGUGCCAUAAUCAAAUGUAAAACAUGUUUAUGUAAAUCCUAAAUAUAUUUGA